CCACUCUCCCCAUCCCCGCCCUUGUUUUACGACGUCACGUGACGCGCCGAGAACUCGGUGAGACCCUCGCCGUGACUGCGAAACGGUCGCAGCGACUCGGCGUGACAGAAACCCAGGACACGGCGCGACACUGACUCGGCGUGACGCUCAUACAGCGUGACAGUGAGACAAGGCACAACACCCAGUGUCACCCGCACACCGACUCGACAGAGCCCCUGAAGCCGGAAUAACACAUCGUGCUGUACGUGCCUAUUUACCCAAGAGGGCUAAGAGUCAAAGGGCUUUUUUCAGGAGGGUGCUGCACUGGGGAUGUUUGACCAACAUCAGUGGCAUCAUUAAGGAGGUUUAGUUGCCAUUCGCUAUAGGGACCCGCGCCGUCGCAGUGACGGCGGCUCUGGCCCUGACCCCGCGUGGCCAUGCGCCCCCCGCGCCUCUGGGCCCAGAUCGUGGCUCUGCUGAACCCCGGGACUCUCGAGACCCCUGGGAUCCGGUGCAUGGGCCCGAGGCCACGAAGGGAUGAGGGAGGGAGGAGAGGCGCUCACACAGUUCCCAGGCGAGUGCAGAGGGAGCAACCCGAAAGGAGGCAAAAUGGAUAGGGAGAGAGCCUCUCAAGCCAAGGGGACCCCAGACGGAACCCCUGAAGGACCCCCACUCGUGGCUGUGUGUCAACUGACCAGCACGGACGAUGUGGACACGAAUCUGAGAGAGUGUGAGGAUCUGGUUUGUCGUGCAUCUGUGAGAGGCGCACGUGCCGUGUUUCUUCCCGAGGCGAGCGACUUCCUCUGUGGGAGUGGAUCACAAGCUUCAGGCCUCACUCAGGGUCUGGACGGACCCAUCGUGCAGGCCUUCAGAGACAUGGCUAGGCGGCAUGGCGUGUGGCUGUCUGUGGGUGUGCAUGAGCGGGGCCCCACGUGGAGUGAGGAUGGUCGCGUUUACAACUCACACCUCCUGCUCGACGAGCAUGGAGAGGUGCGGGCCGUGUACAGGAAGACGCACCUGUUUGACGUGGACCUCCCUGGGGUUGUGCGACUAAAGGAAAGUGACUACACGCUGCCCGGACCCUGCAUCGCCCCACCAACAGCUACACCCAUCGGCAUGGUGGGGCUGGGGAUCUGCUAUGACGUCCGGUUCCCCGAGUUCUCCCAGCGACUGCGUCAGAGCGGAGCCGAAGUGCUGACCUACCCGUCCGCCUUCACUCUCACCACGGGCAUGGCACACUGGGAGCCACUCCUGCGAGCCCGUGCCAUUGAGACCCAGUGCUAUGUCGUGGCUGCUGCUCAAGCCGGGCGCCACAGCACUCCCCGCGGAAGCGCACCCGCACCACGGGUGUCGUUUGGCCACGGCGUCGUGGUUGACCCGUGGGGCUGCGUGGUGGCACAAUGCGGCCACGGCAACUCCUUGGCGCUGGCAGAGGUGGACACAGGCCUAGUGCGGAACGUGCGGUCAUCCAUGCCUGUGCAUGAGCACAGACGCCACGACCUGUACUGAUGACUCAUCGCAGUGCACUUCACCACAAUGCUCCGCCCCCUCAGGAUUGCGGCCCAGUCCCCCAGCGCGUGGGCGGGACCGGCGCGGUGGUGGUGGCGGCUCGCGAGCUGUUGGAGGCUCUGCGGCUCCACAAGAAGGCCAUCAAUUUGUAACUUAGACGCAUACAGCUCUAGGGAUUUAAUCGGCAUCUCCAGUGAUUGCUCAUGAUGGACUCGAUUACAGAUCCAACUGCUGCAUUGAGGAAUGUAGCGCAAUCUUGCAAAUGAUUUAUGGUGAUGUUAUAUUGAUGAUAACAAUUGGGAUGUUUAAUAAAAAUGAUUUAUCCAGUCUCAAGA